AUGGCUUUUGCAGGGAAAUGGAUCUUCGUGAAAAACGAGAAGAUGAGAGAGUUUGCUGUUGCUGCCGGAGCUCCACCAGAGAAAGUUGACCAAAUGAUUGAUGUACCGAUAACAGUGGAGUGCACCAGAGAUGGCGACUACUAUCUGAUGUCUUUCACUGGACCCAAGAAAACUAUCGUACAGAAGUUCAAACCAGACGAACCAUUCACUGAAGAAAUCGGUCCAUUCGGCAAGACGAGAGUAGCUAUUGCUAAAGUAGAAGGUGACAAGAUGGCCAUCAGGGGAGUCAACGAAGGCGAAGCAGUGGAAAAGAGAGAAGUAAUCGGCGACGAACUGAUCUUCACAUUCAUCAAACCUGGUGUUCCAUGUGUUGCUAAGCGCUACCUAAAAAGAGCUGCAAAACUUGGUAGGGUCCAGCACCUGGAUUCAAUAUUAGACCGUCGAGGAGAGUGUCUGAAUGAGACGGAUGAAUAUGGCAUGUCAGCGUUACAUUACGCUGUCCACUGCAACCAGGUUAGAAUGGUGCAAGAACUUUUACUUCGCGGUGCAGAUAUUGACGUCAUUAUGGAAGAGUAUUCGGUCACACCGCUACAUAUCGCUGCUAAGGGAAAUAACGAAUAUCUGACAAAGUUUUUAGUUGGACAUGGUGCGAAUAUCCACAGUAGAGACAGCAAAGGAGCAACCCCUCUGCACUUGGCUGCCAGGAAGGGUAAUGUCAAUGUCACAGAGGUGUUGUUGCAGUGCAAAGGUGCCGACCCCAAUGUCCGCGACGAAGACUUCUCAACCCCAUUACACCAAGCGGCAAGCCAAGGAAAACUGACGAUUUGCAAAAUAUUGAUUGAUCACGGCGGAUUACUACGAGCGAAAGAAAUUAACCACACUACUCCGCUCAUACAUGCCGCUAGUGGAGGUCAUACCGAUGUCAUGGCACUAAUUGUGGAAAAAGCUAUAGGGGUGGGUUAUCAUCCCAAAGAACUGAUAGGCGACUCCGAUGACGAGGGUAACUCCGUCUUUCACGUUGCCGUCGGAAAUGGUCACUUGGAGGCUGUUAGGCUUUGUCUGGAUUACGGUGCUGAGGUGGAUAUGAGAAAAGGUAAUCUAUUCACAGCACUUCACAUAUCAGCCGUCAAUGGUUAUCUUGAUGUGGCUAAAUUAUUGGUGAAAAGAGGCGCUACAGUGAACGCCAAAGACGACGAACAGAUGACGCCACUGCAUAGGGCUGCCCUGUACAACCGUUCUGAUGUCAUUAAUUUAUUGGUUCAUUCUGGCGCUGAUAUCGAAGCAAGAGAUUUUGAACAUUUCACGCCAUUGAUGGCAUCGGCAUGGAAAGGGCAAUGCGACGCUGGACUCUGCUUGUUGAAAGCUGGUGCCGAUAUUACUGCGACGGACCACCUGAAGAAAAGUUGUCUCCAUUGGUCUGUUGAGGGGAGCUUCCAUGGAUACAUAAAACUGAUGAUGGAGACUGGCGGUGGGAUUCUUUUGAAUAGGAAAGACGUACACGAUCAGUCAGCUCUUCACUAUGCUGCAAAACUUGGCAAUAAUCUGAUAUUGAAAUUUCUAAUUUCCCAUGGUGCAUCACUGGAUUCCAAAGACCGUGAAGAUAGAACAGCGCUUCACAUUGCCUCACAAUACGGACACGUGAACUGUGUACGUUCAUUGGUGGAAGCGAGUCCCACGCAACUAAACGAAGACGAUGGCGAUGGUUACACGCCACUGUUGCUGGCCAGUUUCUAUGGAAACGAGAAGGUUGUGUCGUAUUUGUUGAAAGUGGGAGCUGACAUCAGCAGCAGAGACGACAGUCGAAUGUCUGCUCUCUCAUUGGCUGCCUAUUCUGGCCACGUGGAUGCUGUUUUAACGUUGUUGAAGAACCACGCAGAUAUUGAUAGUAUGGAUAAAAACAAGAAUACACCACUGCACCACAGCGCCGCCAGUGGUCACAUUGACGUGACAUCAUUACUUCUCAACAAAUGUGCUGACGUCACGCUUGAAAACGAAACGGGACAAACGCCACUCGAACUAGCUAUUGAGAACCUUCAAGCUGGCACUUCCGCAGAAAUACUUCAACACAAAAGUUGGCGCCUUUCUCUUUCUCAUAUCGGCAGUGACGGCGAAGAGCCCAUCAAGAAACUGAUUGAAAAGCUCCCAGAUGUAGCAUUGGUAGUUUACGACUAUCACUUCGUCUUUCCAAAUCCAGAUGACAAUUUAAAAAAGAAACCGAAGCAAAGGUGGAGUGCGCUCAAGACAAUGGUUAAUCACGGCAGAGAAUCGUUGUUAUCGCACGAACUUGCACAAAAACUGAUACGGAGGAAAUGGACGAAUUUUGCGUUCCCCUUUCUCAUUGCCGACUUUAUAUGUUAUUUGUUGUUUUUGAUAUUACUUACUCUAUAUGCCAAUCUUAAUGGUCAUAUCAAUACAUGGAUUCUAGAUGAAAGGGGAUGUCCGGCAAAUGACACAGAGUAUUAUGACAUGGAUGGCAAACCAGUAGCCCAGACAGAUUUCCUAACAUUGGUGCAACUUUGUAUUUUCAUCUACUGUUUAUUCCAACUCGUGAAAGAAAUAAUUGAAAUACACAACAUGGAAUGGGAAUAUUUUAAAAGUUUCAAGAACUACACUGAUUGGUGUUUAUACUUCACUGCUGCCAUAUUUGCCCUUCCACCAGGCCAGAAACCAUGCGAUUGGCAAUGGCGUAAUGGUACCAUUGCCGUAUUUCUAGCCUGGAUGAAUUUUAUACUGUACAUUGGAACGUUUGACAUGUUUGGAAUCUACGUUCUGAUGUUUUUCUCAGUUUUGAAGUCGUUCACGAAAGUUAUCGUUGUGUUCAUUUUAUUCGUCUGUGCAUUCGGGUCUUCAUUCUUCAUAAUGAUGUCACGUUUAGAACAAUUUCAAGAUUUUGGACAGUCUUUACUUAAAGUAUGUUUAAUGACAAUUGGAGAGUUUGAUUAUGGUGAAAUGUUCUAUUCUGUAAAUCUAUAUCCAUUCUCAGCAACUUCCCGUAUACUAUUAGUUAUAUGCAUACUACUUAUGCCCAUUGUACUCAUGAAUCUAAUGAUUGGUAUCGCUGUUGGUGACAUAGAGAAGGUACAGAAGAAUGCAUAUAUGGAGAAACUAGAAAUGAUGAUACGACGCCCACUCUACAGUAGUAGCAGAUCCAGAAUGAAUUCCAAAUUCAAGAGUGAAGCCGAGAACGAGAAAAUGAAAUCUAACGAACGAUAUGAUAAAUUACGAGAGGGGCUAGUUAAACUGGAUAAUAGACAAAAAACGAUAUCGAUGCUGUUGGAACAACAGAAUGAACUGUUAGGAAAAAUGAGUGAGAAAAUGGGAAUUAGUGCUGAUGAAUGA